AUGGAAAAAAAAGCCUGGAGCAUUACCACCUUAGAAACGUACAGGCAGUCGUUAGCUGACGCACAGAGAAAUGCUGAAUCUGCCCGGAAUAACCUUAAUGGGCUGCGAAGGAAACAGCAGGAAAGUGAGGCUGUGAGGAACGCUGGAAUCGGAAUAAUGUUCAUCCCCAUCAUUGGAACCAUCAUCGGGGCCGUCAUGGUUGGCGUCUCUCAGACAGAUUUAGACAACGCCAAAUGGGCUGCAGAGAGAGCAGAGAAUGAGCUGAGAAACUGGCAAGGACAGGUCAACAGUUAUGACACGAAGCUGCGGGAGAAACAGUGGCAGAAGCAGCAGAGGAAGUCAGAGAUUGAAUAUUGUCAGCAGACACUGGGGCAGAUAGAGUGGAGCCUGCAAGACGUCAACCAGCAGCGCACCAUCAUAGCCCGGGUGCAGGAGAAGCUGAGGAGUGCUGUCAACAUCCUGGGCACCCUGGCCGGGAGAGCGAGCGUGGCCGAGACGCAGACGAGACGCAUCGUCCUCCUGGCGCCUGUGGUGAACAUACUCGGCGAGAUCAUCAAGCUCACACUUCAGAUCGCAGGGAACAAAAAAUACCAGAUCCUCUCCCAGCCGUGCGUCAGAGACGCCAUCCAGAGCCUGCAGGAGAUCUACAAGAAGGUUUCAGCCAUCGAUGGCCAGCAGUCACUCAACGAACUUCAGUUUGAAUGAGUGCCUUCUCCGUCUGUCAAC